AUGGCUCUAAAUACAAAGAUAGAAGAUUUGGGUUUAUCCAAUGAUCAGUUGUAUAAUGCCGAUGAGUCUGGUCUAUAUUGGAAACUUCUCCCACAAAAGGCAUAUGUAACGUCAUUGGAGAAAAGCGCUCCAGGUGCAAAAAUGGAAAAGCAAAGGAUAACAUUUUUAUGCUGCGCAAAUGCGUCAGGAUCUCAUAAAAUAAAACGUUUAGUAAUAGGAAAAUCGAAAAAUCCUCGCAGUUUUAAAAAUUUUAUCUGUCCCGUAAACUACAGAAAUUCAAAGUCUGCUUGGAUGACUUCUUCCAUUUUUAAAGAAUGGUUUCACAACUGUUUUGUGCCAGAGGUGACAGAUUUUUUAACGAAGAAAGGAUUACCAGUAAAAGCUUUACUCCUAAUAGAUACCGAGGAUGGUUCCAUAGAAGCUAUGUUCAUGCCUCCAAAUGUAACGGCUCUGAUCCAGCCAAUGGAUCAAAAUGCAAUGAGAAUCACCAAACUUCAUCACCAAACUUCUGGCAACAAUUAUUGCAAAAGAGGGGGAUUUGAUUGA